AUGAGUGACCUUGCCAAGCAAUUUCAUGGUGGAACCGUUUACCAAGCGUUCCUAAGUGCCACCAGUUAUCACCGAUGGCACAGUCCUGUGUCGGGCGCCAUUUACAAGAUAGAACUCGUGGAUGGUUCUUAUUAUUCUGCAACCCACGACAUCCAGGAUGACCCUACAUCGCCCAACAUGUCACAAGCAUACCUAGCCCAAGUAGCUUCCAGAGGUAUUAUCUACAUUAAAGCUGACAAUCCCGAUAUUGGCUUGAUGUGCUUCGUAUCAAUCGGUAUGUCAGAGGUGUCUUCCAACGAAAUCACCGUUGAAGAAAAGGAUAAAGUGAAGAAAGGUGACCAGCUCGGCAUGUUUCACUAUGGUGGGUCCACGCAUCUACUGAUAUUUCGCCCUGGAGUAAAUAUCAAGUUCGAUACGAGAGGUCAAACGCCAGGUUUGGAUACUAAAAGUAUUGCAGUUAAAUCGAAAAUUGCAACCGUACAUCCAUCAAUCUAAGCUGAUAUGUAGAAAUAAAGCAAUGCAAGACUGUAAAAAUAAAUAUUUUAGCUUAUUUUAGCAUUUGUGAUGGGAUUUUUAAAGGUUUCUGAACUCACAUAUGGAUUGAAAGAUAUUAUCAUGCUUUACCGAAAGUGCAAUAAUAAUAAACCUAAUCCUCGAUGUGCACAUUACCACUUAGUUAGUUUCUGAUAUGUAGAAAUAAAGCAGUGCAAGACUGUUAAGGGCUUGGAUGUUUUGCUUUCAACUGUUCUUGUUAAAAAAAAACACAUUCCUGACAACACAACAACUCACCUAGAGAACAAAUUCUAGCCUCGAGCGAAACUAUUUGGUCCACUUUUAGUAACCCAAUUGUCAAUUGUGUGCUAAUCCAACCGUCUGAAUACUAGGCCAAAAUUAAUUAGGAUUUUAAAGGCAUUCAUUCUCAAUGCAUUAAUCCUCGGUGUGCACAUUACCACUUAGUUGAUUUCUGAUAUGUAGAAAUAAAGCACUGCAAGACUGUUAAGGGCUUGCAUGUUUUGCUUUCAACUGUUCUUGUUAAAAAAAUCACAUUCCUGACAACACAACAACUCACCUAGAGAACAAAUUCUAGCCUCGAGCGAAACUAUUUGGUCCACUUUUAGUAACACAAUUGUCAAUUGUGUGCUAAUCCAACCGUUUGAAUACUAGGCCAAAAGUAAUUAGGAUUUUAAAGGCAUUCAUUCUCAAUGCAUUAAUCCUCGGUGUGCACAUUACCACUUAGUUGAUUUCUGAUAUGUAGAAAUAAAGCACUGCAAGAGUGUAUUCAAACAAUCAGCUGUAAUCCUAAAAGAGGUGCCAGUUUUUUAAUUCCUGGACUCCUUCCUAUUUGGUGGGUAUUUUCGUUGCUCAGCCCAUUCCUUGUCUUUCUUGCGCAUUCGACAAGAUUAGAAAACUAAGCUGAACGUACCCGAACGUGAUUAACAAUCACCAAUAUUUGCUCCGAAAUAUUUGUUUCGAAGGAAACUAUAGGUUUACAUGAGGAUAAGGUUUUCUACGCCUUUAGGGAGAAUGAGGUAGUCGGUUAGUGACCACCAAAAAACAAAUCGGUCAGCCAGCCCACAGAAGAUCUCAAGCUACUGAAGGGAAGUAGAGAUCAAUCAGAGAGACAGACAGACAGACAGACAGACACGCGAAAUAAAGACGGAUGGACUGAUUGAGAGGCGAAGGGAUAGACUGGCUUAAGGACGGCAGAACGGACGGAUGGCUGUAGCUUGGUUGCAGAAUUCUUCAACUGAAAAUCUGUAACCCCUAAACUCCAAGAUCUCAUUACUUAUUCUCCUUACUUUCUGCUUUACAAUUUUUAUGAUGUCUAUUUGGAGAAUGUGGUAAUGGAACAACUAAUAAUCCCCUUAUUGAUAUUUUUGUUUUUUCCCAUCACUUCUAGGCCUGAUAUGGUCUUGUUAUUUAGCCUGCGUUGCUGGUGGUUUGCGGUCUUGUGGGCGGAGAAAAAAACCGCAGACCGCCGGCAACGCAGGCUAUUUGUUAUUGUGAGGAAAAAUUUUUCUAUUGGUUACUCAUGGGAGGUAAAGGGUCAAACAAAAUUAAGAAAAUUUAGCCUUACAAGAUUACAUUGACCUAAAUCAGUGAAAGUCACAGGGAAUUAGUUUGUUGCAAUAUCCACGAGCUGCAUGCCUUGAAUGUGCUUUAGAAUGUCCUGGGAACUUAAAGAAACAUACUGUCACCAUCCGGGGGAGGGGAGAAAAGGGUGAAGGUGUAGCUACCAUUUACGCGCCACAAGUUAAAUUAUGAUGUGCUUUGCGUGCGUACAACGUUUCCCGACCCUUCUUUCUUAUGUCAGUUUAAAAGCGUUGUUGUCUCUCAGUUUUAAGGCUUUAUAACCGACAUGUCCCUCUCGAUUGAUUUUCGUGACAUUAGCCUUAUGGACCUUUGAACAAAAGUUAUUUGGAUGUUAGAUUUAAAUGAUUUGGAAAUAGUGAAACAAAGUAGUUGAUAAGAUGGUCGCAUUCUAUACUUGUGGACAUUAGAUGAAGUUAACUUGUUUAUUAAUCGAUUAACUGUAUCCUAAGUUAAUGCAUAAAGGAGGUAAGUUUCUAAAGAAACUGUGGUGCUGCGUCGGUGGGAGAGUAUGACAGGGUGAUUUAGUGUUAUCAAUUCAGUUGAUAACGUCAAUUAGCCACCUUAAAGAGUUCAGUUCAAAAGCGUUCAAACUCUCUACAGUGGCGCUAUCAAGUCAGCUGAUAACACUAAAUUGCUAAGUUAAUGUAGGCUAAUUGUUGGAAGCUAGUUGUGACCGUUUCGGAAUUUUGCCAACUUGUGGAAAAAAUUAUUUGUCAUUAUCAACGAUGGUUUGAGUUUACGACGUUAACACUUAAUCUGCGUGAUAGGUGAGAAGGAGUACUGGUUAAUAGAGGUAUAUGGUGCCCCCAGAUAUGUGGUUUUUAAGCCGUUCUGGUACAAAGACAGGUCGGUGUACAUUUUUACCAUUUUGGUUUAAAAUAAGGUAUAGUUUUCAAGAAAACCACACAAGUGUGUAAACGUAAUUGAUUUUUCAACAUGAAUCAAAGUGAAACACAAGUAUGAAAAAUAUAUUUUUGGGUGAUUUUUGUAACUUCUUAACUUCGGCACUGAUACAAGCCUUUUCAAAUUCUUCUACAACAUAGCGUAAAGGAUUCUCAAACCAAACAAAAUUUGUCUGGUGUAGAAUUAGAGGCCAGGUACAAAACUAAAUAUAGAAAUAGCACUUCUUAUAUCUGAAAUAGGGUCUGGGUAGAUAAUCCCUGCCAAACAUCCCGAGGCGGAUCUUCCUCCCUAUCGGGGGUGGCAUCGUGACGACCUGAGUGGAGCUUAACUUUUAUCUUUAAAAAUCUCAUUACAAUGAAUUGAAAAAAGUUUAUCCAGCAAGAAUUUAGCACCUAUGAGCAUUGAUUUGAAACAUCGAGAAUCGGCCGAAAAAAUGAAAUAGCGAGUAUCUUCUCAUUUGGCCCAAUGACCCCUUCGGGUAAACUUUGUUUGCGCAAGGCCCAUAUUUGAACCAUUUUGCUCCUAAACUGGGCCAGUCUGGUUAAAUAUUGGCAGUAUUAAAAUAAACCAAUUAAUCGUGUUUAAAGCAACAUACAGUGUACUACCCAUGAAAGGUUGAAAAUUCGGCCGUUCACACGGAGCCCAAGGAAGUUUUUAUUACUCUUUGUCCAGUCUCUUGGAUGUGUCCAGAAGAAGUUUGUUCAGUAGCCUACGUGUAGCCCUACCCUCCCCCACCUCCCAGGUGAAACGGAGGCGACGGAACGUUUACGCAAACCUGACACUUUUCGUGUUCAGUGACUUCAUUCCAAUUUAUGCAAAAUAAUGCCAUUUUUGCGAAGUGGCACGUGUUAGCGUGAUGGUUAUCGAGAUAAGCAACAACACUGAAGUGAAUUCAUUUUCCAUUUUUCAGGUAAAUUUGAAAUUCAGCGUCCGAUUUCAAAUAAAUAUUUUGCUUUAAGGAUAUAGGGAAAGAUUAUGAGCGACUUUUGGUAUAGAGUAAGAAGAGGACGAUGUUCGAUUAGCAUCGCGCUUAUGAAAUGCACGCGGUUUCUGCUUGCAUUUGUAAACAGUGCCACGGUCGACGAAAAAAGUUGGAUCAUUUGCCGCAGUCUCAAGGUUUUUAAAGAUUUCUUUAAGAGAAAGUCACACUACAAGCGUGAAGAAAGAGUGAUUUUUUUCUCAGCCGAAAGAAUCGCUGCAAGAAACAACUACCUUUAAAUUGAUUAAGUGACUCAACGUCCGGCAGCCUGACACGUACUUAAUAGCUUCGCAACACCGUUCGCAAAGAGACCGAAGGUUAAAGGCGGACAGUCCUUUUGGCCCAAACACAUUACGAUAGUGCACCUGGUCUUUUGCGAGAGCUUUAACGGGCGGCACAAUAGACAUAGUGACCAGUUUCUUCUAAAGAAGAGAGAUGAUCGGUCACUGGCGCUGCUUGAUAUAUUAAAGAUUUUUCAUAGCCAAUUGAUAACGAAAUGGAGACAUCGUUACCUUCCAAAAACAUAUUUAUGACUUUCUGCUGUUCAUCUUGAGAUGUCUCUAUCCCAAAAGUCGUGCAAACUUGCCUUAAAACCUAGUCGUACAUCGCUGUUGUCUGAAAAGUUGACCAUCAAAGACUUCUGUUCAACGUCCGGUUCGUUAGUUUGAAAAUAAAUUACCAAUUCUAGCCAAUCAGAAUUGACGAAAAAAUCGGCAAGAGAGGUUAACCAAUGAAAAGUCAUUAUACAUUUUCUUGCAAGAGUGACAUCACAGAACACGAUCACUUUUGGGGGGGGGAGGGGGAAAGGGGAGGGUACGGCUACACGUAGGCUGGGUCAGUGGUCACCAAAACGCUUUUUCACAUAAGAAAUCGAAUUAAUAAAAAGCACCCCGUGUCAAUGUCUAUGCAAUAGUGACGUAUUGUUUGCACAGAUGGGUUUGCAGAAACAAAAAGGCUUUGAUAUACUAACUUACGAGCAUGUAAUAUCUAUACUUGUCUAAGCUGACAUUGAUUGACGAUGCUUGGAAUAAAAAUAAUCUUAUCAGGUGCACUAAGAACUAAGCUUUUUUUCUUUCGUGUGAAGGCGUUGUUUGGAAUAUGAUGUUUUGAGCAGGAAUGUUUGAAAAGUAUAUUUCGAUAUUUCACCACUUCGAUUCUCAAGAAAAGCUAAUGUGGUAAAACAGGAGUCAGUUAAACAAGCGUCAUAAACGUUACAGGUUCAAGAAGUGGAACACGUCUACUCAUUAUAAGAUGUGAUAGAACUCUCAUUUAAACUGCGUUUGGCUACGAAUUAAUUGUAUCUUACCGCCUCAACAUAUUUCGAAUGUGAUCCAGGUUGACAUUUAUGUUAUUAUCCACAGACUACUUACUGGAGGACUAUUGAAAGCCAGAAUGUUCUUGCUCGAGAUAAUUUGUCUUUGGUCAAAUCCCACAAUGAUCCAAACAAAGACACCCAUCUCGGAUAUUUAAACAGACAACAAAGAGUGUCUAUUUCGGUGAACCACUUCUCAGUUCAAAGUAAUAAAGUUCAAGAAAAAAUGACCCCUCAGAAAGUGAGUGAAACGCAGAAAUUUCCCUAUUCCUGUAUACUCCGAUAAGAUAAUCUUCAUGUGGACGUUUCCAAAAUGUUUUACCUUGUUUAGGUCACGCGGAACAUAGGAUAAUGCCUUUCACACUCCGGGAUGUUACCAAUGGAGGCCAACCCUCAACAACCUGUCGAUGGUCACGGUAUGAAAGAGGCCUGUCAUCUAAACAAAGGGAUUUUAUCCUUAUCAGGCAGGAAAAAUUUCCAGACAAAGGCUUCUCAAGCGCAGUUCCACACACACGCAUUCCAAGUUUUGUUUUUAACCAUCUCAAUAAGUUUUGCUAAAUCAUGUCUAAAACUCAAAAGAACGCUUCUUAUCCGUUUCAACUACUCUUCCAACUAACCUUGUUACGACUUGUGAGAAAGAAGUUUUUGAGAAUUGAUAAGUCAUCAAGUUCCUGUUUGUCUAACGACAUAGAGCGUCUAUUUCGGUGAACCAUUUCAUUCCACCGUAAUCUACAGUUCAAGAAAAAAAUGACCCUUCAGAAAGUGAGUGAAACGCGGUAAUUCCCUUAUUCCUGCGUACUCCGUUUAGAUAAUCUGCAUGUAGACGUCUCCAAAAUGUUUUACUUUGUUUAGUUCACGUGGAGCAUAGGAUAUGUCUUUCACACUCCAGAAUAUUGCCAACAGAGGCCAGGCCUCAAUAACCUGUUGAUGUUGACAGUUUGAAAGAGGCUUAUCUCCCGUACAAAGCACUUUUGUCCUUUGUCAGGCAGGAAGAUACAAUUAAUUCCUUUCAUCUAGACAAAACGGUUUCCAGACAAAGGCUUCUCAAGCACAGUUGCGCGCAUUCCAACCUCACUUGCGCCUGCGCGAUGAAAUGGAUAUUGCAGUUAAGAGUGUGUCCACGAAAUCACCGGGCAGUCGUGCUACAUGCCAUCUCACUGAUUUCAAUGAAACUUUGCCAGUUCAAAGGGUCUACCCCAACACUCAAAAAGACUAACUGAUUUCCGUUUUGGUUUUUACCGGGGGGAGAUAGACCACACCCCCGGUUUUUCUUGGUUUUCACCGGGAAAUCGCUUCAAAAUAGUUAAAAUGUAUGAAGCUCUCACUGCCAUGGUGUUUAACCAAUUACUCUGAGGGUUUGCAUACAUAUUUUUACAUCCUUAGAUAAUGUCCGCCGCAAGUAUCAGUCAAUUUGAUUGACGGCUUGUCAAUUUGAUUGACGGCUUGUCAAUCAACAGAGGCAAAUGAACGGCUGUGUUUUUAGACUUUUCAAUUCAUCCAAAUAUUUGACAACUUUGAGGUCAAAUAUCUCUCGUUGCCAGAAAGCUACAACACUAAUCUUAAUUACCCUUUAUAACCCAUCAUUUCAUUCUCUGAUUAUUUGCUUGCUUCGAUCGUAAAAUAUUUGCAUUUUUUUUCAAGCAUUCUAUAACUACAUAUAAAUCUACAUCUCUCUAGAUCGAGUGUUGCCGACGUUUAAUUGCGUGACUUGUAAAAUUUAUUAAGAAUGAGCCAGCGGUAUUUUGACCAGAAGGCUUCCUGCAAAUUUCCCUUGAUGAAAAAAUCCCAAGACAUAAUCAGUUGUUUUCGUGAGCAAAGACAUUAAAUAUGAAAGAAAAGUGAGAUGCAAAGGUCUUUAUUUAUUAAUUUUUUUUAGCUUAAUAGCAGCUGUACCCUCUCUUGCAAUCUUCGUCUAAAUUUUGCAAGGUCCCUCCCUAUCUUCUGCCUUGUUCGGUCAGUUUCGACUGAAGCUAGAUCACCGGCAUCGGAUCGGCCUCUUCUUCCUCAUUCAUAUUUACAGAGGGGGACCUCGUCAAUAAACCAAUUUUUGUUACGGCAGAUAACCGGCUGAAGUAUCGAGUGAUUUGCUGCUCUAUCAACCACUCAGUCUCAGACAACAUUUCUGGCUGGUGUCGUCUCUUAAACUCGAUAUUUGGGAAGCCACAUUAGAGGUGGUUGCUUUACUAGUUUCCUCCCCUGUCCAGCUCACGUCUAGGAGAUAAUUCUUUGCUUUCUGAGAAAAGGUGGCUGUUUUUUUGUGCUUUCCAAAGAACCUAUCCAAAGUCCACCAGGCUAGUUAGGGAUUGCUCGUCAGAAUUUUACCUGAGGUCUGACCUUGAACGUAGCCACCCCCUAUAAAACGGCAAGCUGGUCUUCGUCCAUUUCCUCUUGAUCUUAUCAUAGGCGGAAUUUUUUGUCACCUUCACUGUGUUUGCCUUUGUUAGGGUGCUUUUGGACGGCAGCCAAUGACUAAAACGUCUUGAUACAUCCUUUCUCUUAGCAAGAAUACCUCGCUUUCUUGUUCUGUCUGUGACGGAUUGGGUAUAGUUCUCGCGAUGACCCACGUUCAGAGAUCUGUGCACGUUGCUGAUAACCACCCGCGUUUACGAUUAGUUUGCUGAAGGUUUUUAGUGUGAUGAGCCUAGUGAGACCGUGAGGUGCUCCAAACUGUGCUAGUUGGUCUGCGCUAUAAACUUGUCGCAGUUCUAAAGUCAGAGGGAGGAUCGCCCACCUCUAGUUAUGUGAGCGCCUCUACAGUACCUGCGUAUCCCUGGCAAUUAUAUGAUAUAAAGUUCAUCUCAGUCACAAAUCACCAGUUAGCAAAACUGAUGUUCAGAUAAGCACUCUUCUUGCCCUUCUUCCUUAUUCAUUGCCGACUUUAAGAUAGCAGUUACGGUACGCGUUCUAUUAGGUUUAUAGUCACCUUGCCACUAGGAAGACUCGCCACCAGCUUUGAUUUCUUCUGCCAUCUUCAGAUUCACCUCUCUCUCAACUUUACGUCUCCGAUUUUUUAUAAGGAGGAUACUGGCAUUUACGAACCUGAAGGUCUGAAUCUCACACCAAGUUGUGCACGAUAUUUGAGGCACAUCGCUACAAAUACUAUUUCCACGUGGAAUUUCUUGAUGGUGGAAAGUGGAAAAAACAUUUUCCAGUCUUAUUUUCUGGAAACAUGGCGCAGUAAAUUAAUUCCAUGGGGCUAUUGAUAUUUCCUAUCAAAUAAAGGGGGCAGAGUUUUCCGUCAUCCGCGGUCUGGAAAAGCCGAAGUUGUUACACACGGAAACUUGUACGUUAACAAGCAGGCGACAUGUGACUUUAAAAUCUCCACUCCUGUUACAGUUUCCUUAUUGUGAACUGCGAGAUAAUGAUAAUAAACAAUCAAAUUAUAGACAAGUGAAUGUUUUGUUCUGUACAAGAGCCCUAUUUCCUGAUUUUAGCAAAUCUUCAAAGUAAUAAACGAAAGAAGAAAGAAACGCUACGAUUUUCCCAUCGAUUUUUCGCCUACCUGCAUAAUUUGUUACUCGAUCAAUUAGUAAUCUCAUAUUUGAUAUUUUUCUUUAUUCUCACUACUUGUCUGUAUGAUAUUGUAUAGAUAUAGUAAGGAGAAGUUCUCCCUUGGUCACUCGCGGGAGUUAAAGGGUUAAAAGCGUUGUUGUCUCUCAGUUUUAAGGCUUUAUAACCGACAUGUCCCUCUCGAUUGAUUUUCGUGACAUUAGCCUUAUGGACCUUUGAACAAAAGUUAUUUUGAUGUUAGAUUUAAACUUUUUGGAGGUAGUGAAACAAAGUAGUUGAUAAGAUGGUCGCAUUCUAUACUUGUGAACAUUGGAUGCAGUUAACUUGUUUAUUAAUCGAUUUGUUGCAGAAAAGCGAGCCUCUCCUAAGUUAAUGCAUAAAGGGGGUAAGUUUCUAAGGAAACUGUGGUGCUGGUUCGGUGGGAGAGUAUGACAGGGUGAUUUAGUGUUAUCAAUUCAGUUGAUAACGUCAAUUAGCCACCUUAAAGAGUUCAAAAGCGUUUAAACUCUUUACACUGGCCAAUUUGCGCUAUCAAAUCAGCUGAUAAUACUAAAUUACUAAGUUAAUGUAGGCUAAUUGUUGGAAACUAAUUGUGACCGUUUCGGAAUUUUUCCAACUUGUGGAAAAAAUGAUUUGUCUUUAUCAACGAUGGUUUGAGUUUAAGACUUUAACGCUUAAUCUGCGUAAUAGGUAAGAAGGGGUACUGGUAAUUAAUAAGUUAUAGAGGUAUAUGGUGGCCAAAGAUUUGUGGUUUUUUUAGCCGUUCUGGUACAAAGACAGGUCGGUGUACAUUUUCACCAUUUUGGUUUGAAAUUAGGUAUGGUUUUCAAGAAAACCACACAAGCGUAUAAACGUAACUGAUUUUUCAAAAUGAAUCAAAGUGAAACACAAGUAUGAAAAAUAUAUUUUUCUACUGUUUUUUUGGAUGAUUUUCGUAACUUCUUAACUUCGGCAUUGAUACAAGCCUUUUCAAAUUCUUCUACAACAUAGCGUAAAGGAUUCUCAAACCAAGCAAAAUUUGUCUGGUGGGGAUAUUAGAGGCCAGGUACAAAACUGAUUAUUGAAAAAGGCACUUUUUUUAUCUGAAAUAGGGUCUGGGUGGAUAAUCCCUGCCAAACAUCCCGAGGCGGAUCCCCCUCCCUAUCCAGGGGAUAGCAUACCUGGCUGCUUCAAAACGCCCCCAGUGGAAAUUUAGUUCGCGCAUUUCUGAUUGACAUUUUCAAUUUGAAACCGCUGAAAAUGUACGUUUAACGGCUCAACAAAAAAAGCCCGAGGAAAUAGCUAACUUACGCGCAGACAUUGUGUUUUGCUUCCCUGGUUAAUGUUCUCCAAGGAAAGAUUACAUGUGCGGGAUAGUUAACUAUGAGACGGCUUACCGCCUUUCUGAGGUCUUCUUAUUUUCAGCCAAGAUUCUGAUUGAUUCGAAUUUUUCUUUCAAAAAGGGAACGACUCUGGCUUUAUGUCUCUCCUUUGCCAUUAGUUUCUGUACCAUGACGUUUUAAUCCGAAUUGUUUUGCGGGGUGUAAUCUGCGAUUACACUUCACUAUCAAAAUAGUAAAUAUGGCGUCCAUCUCCUCUUAGACCUCGAACUAAUGCCCCUCAGCAACGUGAAUUUAUCCUCUUGAUACAGUCAUGCUUACCCAUGGGCUAAAUAAAGAAUACACGAUGUCUGAAAAACUGCUAAAAUGUCCACGGCCUUAUGUUACGUGCAAGAAAGUCGCACUACGUACGUGUGAUUUCCUUCCCGAAAAGUGUACGUCAUCGAUCUGUCACAGGGAGCUACGUGAACUAGUGAAAGCACGGACAAGACGUUUCUUUCGGUCAACAUUUCAAUCAUGAUCAGGCAUAAUAAACCUUACAAUUAUAUGUUACCAUUUGCGCUUUGUUCUGACAGUUAAAUAGUUUUUCUUGGCUGCGAUUAACAUGGUUUUUGGCGAAUAUUCCCUUCAAUGGAACGAACUACACCCAAUAACACAAGAAUGCAAAUAUUCCCGCACUCCUGAAGAACCGAUCGAGAGAGAUAAAUAGACACCCCUUCCUGAAACAAGGUACAAACCCUAAGGGUGUACCCUUCUGAAUCAAUAAAAGGCUGGAAAAAGGAACUUCGGAACAUAUCUUGAGUCAACUUCGAACUCCGUUGCUUAAUCCAAGUUUAUUUUAGAACUCGGUUCGAUUAGUAAAUUCAGAUGGCUAACUUUGGUCUCUUUGAACAUCAACAAAUAUUGGAAAAAAAUUUGCCGAAUUUGUGAAGAGCGAUUGAAGAAGGCAAAAGAUAAGUAUGAGAACAGUUUUCUUUGCGCAAAUAGGACGGAGAUUAUUUUCACAGCCUUUGGUGUCAAAGUUCGUAAAGAUGACCUUGACAUGUGCCCUCCCAAGUUCUGACACAAGUGUUACAAGCUUGCUUUAAGAGGAGGCACACGCCUUGCAAUCAAUGUGUGGCCUCCACACAAACGUACUGGAAACUGCAAGAUCUGCAGUUUCUUUAAAGAUCAACAGAAACCUGAUAGGAAGAAGAAGACUAAACCUAAACCCAGAGAGGACUCAGCUGGACCCAAGGAACAAGUGGAAAUGGUGGAAGGAAUGUCUGGCACUUUAAGCUUCCAACCUAAACCAGCCUCACUCUCAUUCUCUGAGGAGGUAAAGAAUCUACAAAGCUUUAGAGGAUCAGAACCUCUUUACCCAGAAGAGUUUGUUGAAAACAUUAAGCGUGAGUAUAUGUGCCCAAUUUGCAAAGAGGUACUUGAUCAACCAGUCCAGACUAAAUGCCGAACUCCACACAUAUUUUGUGCUAGUUGUUUGUCAUUUUCUUUUCAAAUGUGUGGAUCCCUUUACCCGGUAUGCUGAACUGUCAUUGUAACUCCUAAUGAGUUCAUUGAGCCAGCCCUUUUGUUCUUCGCACCAUACUUUCAGAGUUAGCUUUUCGAUGUCCUACCUGUAAACACACAGUAAAACUUCACCAACUACCUCGGCAUCAAGAAUGUUGCAUUCAAAGCCCUACAACAGCACCCUCACACAUCUUCACCCCUUCACAAAGAUCAGUUCCAAUGACACCAUUCCCCCUUACCCUAGUGAAACCCAUAACUGCAGCAGAGGAAGAGGGACCAGCACAGGUAAAUGUACCAUCACUACAAGUAGAACCUACAACCACCACUGAUACAAAUACAACCUGCAGAGAACAACUGACAGUUGACCAACUACUAACCAGGAAGCUUAUGUAUCCCUAGAGGAGGAAGUUGGAUUGUUCAUCAUUAGACAGUUCCUUUCACAGUUUCAGGAUGGGACGACUAUUCUCCUUAAAACAGGUGGCCAGGUAAAAUAUUUUUUAAGUUGAAAAUAAAGACAUUCAUUUUCAAAACAAAAGAUAAGAUAAUCCAUUUUCAGCCCUUAGAAUUAGUGAAAAGGACCAAGGCAAGGAAAACAACUGACGAGCUAACAAUGAAAACUGCUGGACACAGAUCAAAGGUAGUAGCAGAGACCAGGACAGCUAUGAGUGGUGGUGCCGCUGAUACCCAGUUGAAAGAUGAACUGUAUACAAUGGGCAGACUGGAGAGGGAGGCACUACUGUAGGAGGCCUUGGGAAAGGAAUUUAAAAUCACCAUUCCAAGAGGUGACAUCCUAGUAAUGAAAGCAGACCUUAGGGAAACAUGGUACAAGGUUAGAAAGCUUAGGAGGUAAGAAAAACGAACUAAAAAUCAUUAAAAACCCCAAAGAUUUUCCAAAGACAUUAGAUAUCAGUAACAGUAAUUGUUUUGAGUUUGUAUCCAAAUUUGCCAACUGCCUGAAUACCCUCAAUCUAUUUAGAAAAUUAUGAUAACUAUUAUGUCUCUACAGAUGGUUUGAUCAGUGGGGACUAUCCUCAGAGCGUAAAAUAAGCCAACAAAAGCAAGUUCAGUCCAUCACUGACCUUGCCAACUUGGUUUGUGAAAUGAUCCCAUUUGAAUUCAAAAAACCAGGUUGCCAUCCAAAGGUCAGGGAAGCAGAGUUUGGUUAUGUUACAGACCUGAACCAAUUCAUAAUCUUCAUCUGGUUGAAAAUGAAAAGUAUGAUAACAAAGAAAUACUUAAAAAAAGUAAAUGCAAUCACUAAAUAAAUGAUUGAAAUUAAACAAAGUUAGAUGUUGACUUUUGCUGUGAAUUAUAGUCUUAUUAGCAUUGGUUAUCAUUUUAGGAAUGAAAGGCUGACAUGGAACAAUGCAAUCCCAGAAAAUGAAGUGCGCAAAAAACUUGGAGGAGAUGCUGGUGGUGGGUCAUUUAAAAUGGCCCUCCAGAUUGCUAACCUGAGGCAUCCAAACUCUAAAACCAACACAGUGGUCUUUGCCAUGUUCCAUGCAAAAGAUAGUUGGGCUAAUUUAAAGACAGCUUUAAUGAAAUAUAAAGAACAAGUAAACACCUUGAAAGAAGCAACCUGGGCGUAAGUUAAAAAAAUAUACCACACUUUUAGUUAGUCUAGAGAAUAGAGACUUAAAAAAUAACAUUACUUAUAUUCUUCUUUUUGUUUUGCCCAUUUCUAGAGGGAAAAAAUUUCCUGUUUGGUGACUAUGAAUUCCUGUGCAAGUUAUUUGGAAUAGCUGGUGCCUCAGGUAUGAUCUAGACAGUAAUUCACAUAUACAAAUAAUUACGAUUUAGCAAUUCAAUAAAAGAAUAUAAAUGUAGCCUCUACUUUAUAUUACUAUUUCUGUGAAACAGGUUUCCACCAUGAUAAUUGUAUUUGCAGACAAAUAUCCAUGUCUUUGGUGCAAGAUAAAUCAUGAAGUAAUGCAAGUCUCUUGCCAUAAACAUGGGCAUGCUGAAAAUGAAGCCUUGAAAACAUUCAAGAGGAUUAUGGUUAGUUUGUAGCAGAUGAACAAAUGGAAUUGGCUGCUUUUCAGAAAGACAAUGGACCACUAUCAGUUCAUUUGGAUGAGGUUCUCAAGAAAAUGAAUGUUGAGAGACAAGCUUACAUGGAAAAUCAUUCAUUGGUAACCAUGUGCACACUUGUUGCAAGGUAACACAAAUUCUACCAUUAGAGUAGAAAUUUGUUGUGUCACAAAAUUCUAAUGAAUUGUUGCGUUUUUUUGGGGAGGGUAGGGAGACAUCAUUAAACUAUGCAGCGCUGUGGUGACAAAAACAGUGGAGCAGUGUCCUUCCUUUCUCAAGCAAGAGAAAUUAGCGUGAAACUCGAACAAGUUUUCAAGUUAUUUGCUGCUUGCCACUUUGUCUAUGACAGUGCAGACUAUCUCAAUGAUAGCAACAUUGAUAAGAUAGGUAAGCGAAAGAAAAAACCAGACUUUCAUAGAAAACAUGAAUACGGUAAUAAGAUCAUGUCUUAAGUUCACCUUUUCUUGUUUUCUCGCAGAAGAAGACAUCACAAAUUUUCUUCAAUUCCUUAAGGAAAAAUUCCCAGACAUGACGAUCACACCAAAGCUGCAUAUGCUAGAAAAUGUUUGCCCUUUUCUUCGACAAUGGCACAUGGGCCUCGGAUUCUAUGGUGAACAAGAGAUUGAAGGAAUACACUCUGAAUUCAAUACCCAGUCCCAGCAUUUUGACCAUGUGAAGAAAAAGGACACGAGAUUGAGUCAAAUCCUUGUUGACCACCACAUUGCCACGAGUCCGGAACUAGCAGGGAAAACGAGAAGGGAACGAGUAAAACUCCUUCCUUUUCACUAGCAAUGUAUCGGUUCGUUGACUAAGAACGAGUACCAUGUGUGUAAAUUUAGUGUUAUUUAUUUGCUCAAGUUCUAAUUUAGACGAAUAAAAGUAUAACCGCACUCUUUGAAAUCAAAACUAAACCUUUCCAGUCGUUUGCAGGCUGUUUCGCUUGAAAUUCAGUACCUCCGAGAUUCAAAAUGGAGUCGCAUAACGCCCGAUCUUGACAUAUUAAAAGCGCCUCGAAUGGAGUCUCAAACAAUGCGGAUUAGAACACUUACCUCUAUCAGUUGUUCAGUAAAGUUUCAAGUCUUCUCUUGUGACUCUUGCUUGGCUAGAAAAAAUUCGAGCCUUUUCCAAAUUGAAAUCAAAGUUUUCAGUUGAUUUCAUAGGGUGUGCUUCUUAGACUCCACUAUAGCAACGUGUUUUCGUCGAACACAGGCAAAAUUUGACCGAUUUUACUCAAAUUUUAGACGCAAGUGCGUCUUCCAUGAGCAUGCAUCCGCCACUAGUCUACCGUAAGCGUAAGUACUAAAAUAUGGAACGACCAACUAAAACCACUAGCCACUAAAUACCUGUCUGCGGUGAAAUACACGAAUGGCUCCAGUCUGGUCGUCCGCCUAAACUGACUAAAUGAGUUUUAUCAGCGGAGCUUGUCAGCGGAUGACUUUUUCAUCGCUGGAAUAUCGCUGAACGACCUCGCUGAACAAGCUAGACUCUGCCUUCUCUUCAUUAUGUAAGUAGCCAUUUCUUGUUUGACUCAUCGGCGUUUUCCCAUUGAUAUUUCAUUGUUCCGCUUCGAGACACGCGGUUAACCAUACUCACGUGCAAGGAGUUAAGAUAUAAAUUAUUAACUUUUACUAUUUUUAUCAUCCAAUCACAGGUCGGAGCCAUUCCUGUAUUUAUUCGCUUGUCCUAAAACCACCUAAAACCACCUAAAACCAUCUAAAACCACUUAAACCCACUUAAAACCACCUACAACCACCUACAACCAUCUACAACCACCUCAAAAAUUUCAACAAUCACCUACAACCACCUCAAAAAUAUCUACAGCCACUCGCAAACUAUAAAUAUCUAAAACCAUCUAAAACAAGGCAUAAAUGUCUAAAAUAAGGCGAGACGACAACAUGUCACGUACACAAAAUACGAGAAUCGAACGAAACCUCCUCCUCCCCCUGAAAUCUUACUCUCCCUGGUCCCAUGCGUAUAAUGUGUAUAAUCAACCAUCUCACGAAAUGAAAUGCGAUAGUAUGCUAAUUAUUUUAUAUUCCCUCGGUAGCAAAAGACUUAAAAAACUUUAUAAAAUGGACUAUCAAGUUACAAAAAAUAAUAAAGUGAAAUAACAAACUCGUAGUCAAAACUGACUUGACCUGGCUUUUUCAACCCUGGGUACCAGCAGACGUUUUGGCUCACGUCUAGAAAAAGUAUGAGUAAGAAUGAUCAAUGUGCGUGCCUUCGGGAUCUUCCUCUGGCACGAACGCCAUUGUGCUGGCAUUCAUACAGCAUGCAGUUGUACGAGUGGUGCCACUUACGCAAUAAUGACUCACGUUUUGCUUCAAUUACCUUUCCAGUGCUGAGAUUAUAAAUAGAGAAAAACACUACCUUGGACCAUUACGUAAUCAAAUGAAACGUGAGCCAAAACGUCUGCUUGUAAAAUUCUUUAGGUCUUUUACUACUGAGGUAGUAAAAAAUAUAAUUGGCAUGCUCUCGCAUUUCAUUUCGUGAGAUGGUUGGUUGUACACAUGGGACCAGGGAGAGUAAGAUUUCAGGGGGAGGUGGAGGUUUCGUUCGAUUCUCGUAUUUCAUGUACGUGACGUGUUAUCGUUUCGCCUUAUUUUAGAUAUUUACGCCUUGUAUUAGAUGGUUUUAGAUAGUUUGCGAGUGGCCGUUGAUUUUUUUGAGGUGGUUGUUGAAAUUUUUGAGGUGGUUGUAGAUGGUGUAGGUGGUUGUAGGUGGUUUUAGGGGGUUUUAGGUGGUUUUAGGUCGUUCCAUGUUUUAGUACUUACCACUCGUCUACGCAAACCCGACACCUAACGUCUUCCGUGACUUCAUCCUAAUUUAUGCAAAAUAAUGCCACUUCAUCAUAUUUGUUUUUUGCGAAGUGGACGUGUCAGCGUGAAGGUUGUCGAGAAAAAAAACAACACUGAAGUGAAUUCAUUUUCCAUUUUUCAGGUAAGUUUGCAUUUUUAAUUCAGCGUCCGAUUUCAAAUAAAUGUUUUCCUUUAAGGAUAUAGAAAAAGAUUAUGAGCGAUUUUUGGUAUAUAUUAAGAUGAGGACGAUGUUCGAUUGGCAUCGCGUCUACGAAAUCCACGCGGUUUCUGCCUGCAUUUGUAAACAGUGCCACGGUCAACGAAAAAAGUUGGAUCAUUUGCCGUAGUUUUAGGCUCUUAUUUCUUUAAGAGAUAGUUAUGCUGCAAGCGUGAGGAAAGAGCGACUCUUUUCUCAGUCGACAGAAUCGCUACAAGAAACAACUACCUUUAAUUUAAGUGACUAAACGUCCGGCAGCCGGACACGGUCUUGAUAAAUUCGCAGCACCGUUCGCAAAAAGACCGAAGGUUGAAGGCGGACAAUCUUCUUGGCCCAAGUAUAUUAAGACAGUGCACCUGGUCUUCAGCGAGAGUUUUAACGGGCGGCAAGACAGGUUAGCUAACUAGACCCUGUGAGCAGGGUAACUGGGAUACCUGGAUGGUACUGGAUCCGUGGAAUCAAGUGUAGUGGUACUACGCGUGUCGGACUAGUAUACUGAAAUAGUGAGCUCAAGUCUGGCCAAGGGCAUACACCUGUCUCAAAACAUAGGCAUGCUAUGCAUGCAAGAGUUAUUUUUUGUAGGGUGGGUGGAUUACUUGAAACAUUGUAAGUGGUCUACAUUCUUACAAAAGGAAAGAAGAUUAUUAACGCGGGAAAGAAUGAAAAUGUCGAAUUACCUCACACACAGGUAUUUUGUGGCAGAUUAUGUGUGUUGUGCGAAUAAAUGUAACCAAAAAUAAACUGUAUUUGUGCCACGGAUACCAGUUAGUACAAAAUGUAGACAGCAGACUGCAGACCGGAUACAAAAUAUAGACUGCAGAGUGGGUAAAAAAUGCAGACUGAGAAUCUGAAGAGUUUUUACGUCUGGUAUAUAAUAACAUGUCAUCUUACAGCUUACCGAGCGUCACGCAAUCGCUUUUCCGCGAUCAGCCUUCACGAUUAUUUGCACUAUUGUGGAAAAUUCCUGGCCCAUUUCUGGAUGAAAAUCGAUCGUAAUAUAAUUUCAAGCCUUCAACAUAGUCUUCUUACUUUGCGCGCGAGUUGGUUGGUGUGAUGUCUGUACAGAUUUUACCAAUGUAAUAAAUGUAGAUGACGUGAAUAAUAGUGAUGGUAAAGCAAGCUUAAAACGGCAACAAUCGCCAGAAACUACAACGGAUACACAGGGUAUGAGUAAGUCUUAUUGAUUUUUUCGAGAAAAAUCUUCAUAUUUCGAAAUAUUUAUCGUUGUAAAUCGACCAUACUUCGUUCCCUAUACUAUUCCUUAUAACGUGUUCAAAUUUUCAACGGUUCCUAGAAUAACUUACUCUGAGUCACACAACGCGUGACGCGUUCGUGAAUUAAUCGUUGGCUCUUUCUCGAAACGUGACCUUGGGUCUCCUGUGACAAGACAAUUGCGUAAACAAUACUUGACAUAAUAACAUUAUACAAAAAAAAACGGGAUUUUGGAUCAUGUAUUUAUUAAAAAAGAAUAUCCAUACAACUACAAUGAAAAUAAACAUAAGAUUCACCUUUCUGAUCGUGAAAUUAAUUCCAUUCGCACUGUUAUCGUAGCUACGUUCCCAGGCAUCAAGUGAAUCCAAAAUGGCGUCUUUCUUCACUAGCAGUUUCAUUUGAAUUUUGUUCUUCAGUCUCACGGUAGUAGUGUUGUUCAAUAGAUUGCAUAGAGUAUAUGCAGUUUGGUUUCAGAUUUCAGAUUUUGCUUUUUACAACGAGUUUACGUUUUCAACUAAGACAUUGGCAUACUUGGCAUACAAGACAUACAAGGCAUUUAAUGCUUUCAUGGCUUUCAAGCGUUCGCGAUUCUGUCCGAUCCAAAAUUACCGCUCAAUAACAUCUUUUUGUGUGGAUCGGCCGCGAACAAUACGACUUGUGUAUGCGUCUAUAAGUAUUUUGAGCGUUUGCCCCAUAAUGCUUCAGAUGAUCGUAAUCCAAUUACGUUGAAAUACAAAACGACUGACAAAAUAGUUUUAUGGGCAAAAAUCUCGUGUUCGUCAUGUGACCCGGCCCUGUCCGUGCUUGACAACGUCAAUCAUCAUCAAGAUAGCACGCGUGAUCAGCAUGUGAACACCUCAUUGGAUCACAGUUAGUUGUCAUGGUGUUGAGGGCCCAAUGACCUCUGGGUACUAUUGCGCAAUUUUUCCAUUUUGUGGCGGAGGAAAAAAACAAAAAAAAAAAAAAAAAAAACGACAAAAAAACAAAGGCAUUUUAUGACUGGGCUACCACAGGUAUCCCAGUAAAAAGUCAUCACACAUUUUCUUGCAAAAGAGUGACGUCACGGAAAACGAUUAGCGUCAGGUUUGGGUAGACGUUACCUCGCCUCCGUUUUACCUUGGAGGGGGGAGGGGAGGGAAGGGUACAGUAACACACUUAGGCUGGAUCAGUUGUCACCAAAACGCUUUUCCACAUAAGCAAUCUAUUAAGAAAAAGUGCUGCAUGUCAAUGUCUACGCAGUGUAUACGUGAUAUUUGAACUGUUGGAUUUGCAGAAACAAAAAGGCUCUGAGAUACUAACGUACGUGCAUGUAAUAUCUUUAUAUACUUUAUAAUCACCGCUCUGAUUCUCAAUCAAAGUCAAUGUAGUAAAACAGGAGUCAGUUAAACAAGCGCAAUAAACGUUAGAGUUUCAAGAAUUGGAAUAAGUUUACUCGUUCUAAGAUUUGAUAGAACUCUCAUUUAAAUUGCGUUUGGCUACGAAUUAAUUGUAUCUUACUCUAUCAACAUAUUUUGAAUGUGAUCUUUAAAUCAGGUUGAUAUUUAUGUUAUGAUCCACGAACUACUGGAGGACUAUUAAAAGCCAAAAUGUUCUUCCACGGAAUGAUUUGUCUUAAGCCAAAUCCCACAAUGGUAUUCAAACAGACAAAAAAGAGCGUCUAUUACGGGGAAUCAUUUCAGUUCAUUGUAAUCUAAAGCUCAAGAUAAAAUGAUCCCUCAGUCGGAAAGUAAGUAAAACGCGGUUAUUCCAUUAUUCCUAUAUACUUCGAUGAGAAAAUCUGCAUGUAAACGUCUCCAAAAUGUUUUACUUUGUUUAGUUCACGCGGGACAUAGGAUAAUGCCUUUCACACUCCGGCAUAUUGCCAACGGCGGCCAAUCCUUAACAACCCGUUAACGUUGAUAGUUUCAAAGAGGCCUGUCAUCUCGACAAAGCGCUUUUAUCCUGUAUGAGACAAGAAAAAUUUCCAGAAAAAGGCUUCUCAAGCGCAGUUCCACGCACACGCAUUCCAAAUUUUGUUUUUAAUCAUCUCCUUAAGUUUUGCUAAAUCAUUUCUAAAACUCAAAAAACACUCGUGAGAAAGAAGUUUACGAGUCAUCUGGACAAAGCACUUUUAUCCUUUAUCAAGCAGGAAGAUACAAUUAAUUCCUGUCGUCUAGACAAAAAGCUUUUAUCCUUUAUCAGGCACACACAUUUUAGCGUAAUGUGAGAGAGAAGUUUACGAGAACCGAUCAGUCAUCAAGUUCGUGUUUCUCUGAUAACGUAAAUCCGUUGAAAUUGUUUCCGAAAGUACUUUUGUAAUGGAUAUGCAAGUAUUGUUUUAUUAUAUUUACAUCAUCAAAUAAUUACCAUUUUGUGGUUAGUAGUAUAAUAGAUAGCGUGUUUGAGAACAUUUUUUACAUAAUGGUCUCGAACCGCCAUCGGGUAUUCUUCUACUCUUUUUGUUACUUUUAUCUAAAUACAUGCAGGUCUCCAUGCCGAUUGUAAGGUAAGUUUGAUUCCUGACUUCGCUGAGAAAUAUUUUUGACUAAUUAACUGCUCGGAGGAUACCUCCGAAUUUCGAUCAGUUCGUCCAGUCUACGCAAAAUUGACGUGUUGUUUGAACUAUUGGGUCUGCAGAAACAAAAAGGCCUUGAUAUACUAACAUACACGCAUGUAAUAUCUUACACUUGUCUAAACUGGCAUUGAUUGAAGAUGCUAGGAAUGAAAAUAACCUCAUCAGGUGUAUUAAGAACUAAGCUUUUUUCCUUCGUGUGAAGGCGUUGUUUGGACUGUGAUUCUGUUAGCAGGAAUGUUUGAAAAUAAUAUUUCCAUAUUUCACCGAUCUGAUUCUCAAUUAAAGUUAAUGUGGUAAAACAGGAGUCAGUUAAACAAGCGUCAUUAACGUAACAGUUUAAAGAAUUGGAAUAAGUUUACUCAUUCUAAGAUUUUGAUAGAAAUCUCAUUUAAAUUGCGAUUUGCUACGAAUUAAUUCUAUCUUACUCUCGCAACAUAUUUUGAAUGUGAUCUUUAAAUCAGGUUCACAUUUAUGUUAUGAUCCGCGAACUACUAGAGGACUAUUGAAAGCCAAAAUGUUCUUGAUCUGGAUAAUUUGUCUUAAGCCAAAUCCCACAAUGAUAUUCAAACAGACAACAAAGAGCGUCUAUUUCGGUGAACCAUUGCAGUUCAUUGUAAUCUAAUGCUCAAGAUAAAAUGACCCCUCAGUCGGAGAGUAAGUAAAACGCGGUUAUUCCCUUAUUCCUGUAUACUCCGCUUAAUCUGCAUGUAGACGUCUCCCAAAUGUUUUACUUUGUUUAGUUCACGCGAAACAUAGGAUAUGCCUUUCACACUCCGGCAUAUUGCCAACGGAGGCCAAUCCUCACCAAUCUGUUGAUGUUGACAGUUUGAAAGAGGCCUGUCAUCUGGACAAAGCGCUUUUAUCGUUUAUGAGACAGGAAAAAUUUCCAGACAAAGGCUUCUCAAGCGCGGUUCUACGCACACGCAUUCCAAGUUCUCUUUUUUAACCAUCUCCUAAAGUUUUUUUAAAACUCAAAAAACGCUUGUGAGAAAGAAGUUUACGAGAAUUGAUCAGUCAACAAGUUCGUGUUUCUCUAACAACCUGGUGAUGGUCACGCUAUGAAAGAGGCCUGUCAUCCGGACAAAGCGCUUUUAUCCUUUAUCAGGCAGGAAGAUACAAUUAGUUCUUGUCAUCUAGACAGAACACUUUUCUUCUUUAUUAGGCAGGAAAAAUUUCCAGACAAACGUUUCUCAAGCAAAAGUUGCACGCACACGUAUUUUAGCGUCAUUUGCGUUUGCGCGAUGAAAUCUGUAUUGCAGUUAAAAGCAGACACACUCUACAAGAGUAUAUCAUUUACGAGCAAAACAAGCCGCGAACUACAUGCAACAUAAUCGUGAGCUUCAGACCUUACCGUGUUGGUCAAUGGAUUCCUUCUGACCUCAAAUUUCCUGACAAAUGGUUAGCCAACUUCAUCACAGAGGUCCAAAUUAAAUACAAAGAUAAGUUAGCGUUAUUGAUGGCUCUUCAACCACCAGCUGAAGAUGAAGAAACAGCUGAUGGUGAAACUCCGCCGAUAGUUGCUCACGGUACAGAAGAAGACCUCGGUCUCCAUCCACCUGUUCAAGAAUUAUUGAAAGCUAUCAUCUCCGAUCCCGAGAUCAACAUGUUCUUCCAUCAGAUGUUCUGGCAACAGUACAAGAUUCGAGAUAGUUCGAUAGGAACAAGGAUCCCUUGCUGGCAACUUAUGAUUAUUUUAAUCGACUACAUCAUGACAACAGCUCCAGAGUACAACAAAACCAGUUUGGUUGGUCUCCCCAUCAAUGUAAUCCUGAACUGGCCGAUGGCUACGACUGCUGGAUUUUCUGCUUUCCUCAACGACAAAGUCAACAGGUUGUUCAAAAGUAUUCUCAACUAUUGGGGAAAGUUUCUUUCCAGUUCUGCUUCUUGUCACGUGUUGACUGAUGAUCCUCGUCAUGGUUGGUUUGGUGAAGACGCAAUGCAAGCAAUGCCAAACUUCGUCCAAGAGUUCAAAUGCAAGCCUAAUGAAAAACAUUACGGUUUUACAUCAUGGGAUGACUUCUUCACCAGAGAGUUUCGUGAUGGCAUUCGUCCAGUAGCAUCUCCGGACGACGAUUCCAUUGUUGCGAAUGCCUGUGAGUCAGCGCCAUACCAGAUCUCUGCAGCCGUGAAAAAGAGGGACUUCUUCUGGGCAAAGCACCAACGGUACUCACUGGACUUCAUCCUGAACAUGAGUAACCUUGCCAAGCAAUUUCAUGGUGGAACCGUCUACCAAGCGUACCUAAGUGCUACCAGUUACCACCGAUGGCACAGUCCUGUGUCGGGCACCAUUUACAAGAUAGAACUCGUGGAU